AUGGUUGUGACUCGAUCUUCAACCGCAGCACGGGUUGACCGGGAGCGUCGCGCAAGGUAUACAUAUGCGCCGAGGAGUCAACCGCUACUUACCGACACAAUCGGCUACAAAUACCUCGAUUCCUAUCUUGAGUACGAUUGUUUGAUGACUAAAGAAGAGCUCAAUCGUCUCGCCGAGCAUAAGUAUUCUGCUAUAGACACCAGUUGGUUGGAUGAGCUUUGUAUGAAGUAUUUUUGGGAAUGGGUAGUGAAUUUUUAUCCGCUUUGGCUUGCUCCAAAUCUGAUAACACUGAUAGGUCUGGUUGUUAACCUCGCCACCGUCCUUGUGUUAUCUAGCUACUGCCCCACAGCACGAGAAACCGCACCUUCAUGGGCCUAUGCUUCAGCGGCCCUCGGUUUGUUUGUGUAUCAAACCCUCGAUGCCACCGAUGGCAAGCAAGCGAGACGUACCGGAGCGGCAUCUCCUUUGGGCGAACUGUUCGACCAUGGCUGUGACGCAAUAUCGCAAGUAUUCGUUACUCUCAAUGUGGCGUACGCUAUGCGAUUGGGAGAAGUGAGAUGUGGCACGUUCUUCAUAGUAAUAGUAUCGGUAUCACUAUUUUAUUGCGCACAUUGGAGUACAUAUUGUACGGGCCAGUUGAGAUUCUCCCGAUUUGAUGUUACUGAAGCCCAAAUGACAAUCAUAGCUGUACUUUUUACCACAUCCGUCUUAGGACCGGACGUAUGGAAUGCCGGGGUUUUCGGUUAUCAGUUACGUCAUAUGCUGCUUUUAACAACACUUGUCGUUUCUCUUUACCAAAGCAUGUCUUAUCUCAGCGUUAUCCUUACAGGCGGAGUUGGAAGAAAUGGAUCUACAGUUGCUGGAACAUCAGUCCUUUUUCCUGUAUGUCCACUUUUGGCCUCCAUUGUUCCUUUUUGCAUGAUAUAUAGUAAAUCACGGAGCGCUGUUUUUGAUGAAAAUAUCACACUAUUUGUACUGUGCUUCGGCGCAGUAGUUGCUAAGGCAACGAAUCGUUUAAUAGUGGGGCACAUGAGUCGGAGUGAGCUCGUUCUCUGGGACUGGAUUUAUUUGGGACCAAUAGCGCUUAUGCUCAACCAGUACUACGAUUUUUGGGUUUGCGAAAGAAAGCUACUAUUAUGGGUCACAUGUUAUACGCUCGCUUCGCUAUUUGUAUAUUGUUGCAUCAUCACUCGACAGAUAUGCUAUCAUAUGAAGAUAUAUUGUUUCAAAGUGCCAAUCAAACAAAGCUAG